UGGUGAGAGGAGCUUCCAAGUUUUUGUUCACUGGAUUACAUAGACAUCCUUUCACACAUUUAAAUAUGGGGUGUUGUUUCAGCAAAGAAUUGAAUCCUAACCCGGUCAACGAAAGAACAAGUCUUCUUCAAGAGGCCAUUCCUGAGAGCUCCACAGCGAAAGCGAUCAGUGACUAUGCUUGGUCUGUUGCCGAUCUGGCAGACGAGAAGCCUUCUCAAAACGGGAACGUGAACGUUGCUUUAGAUACCAGUUGUAAUGCCUCCUCCACAAACUUGUCAGCAGGUCUCAACCUUAUUAAAGAAGGUGGUAGCAGUGUACAGGAAGGGAUGACAUUUUGCGAACCACCUGUUGGCGAUCCACCCAUCAAUGAGGUUAAAGUCCAGAAAGGAAUUACCAGUGAAUUUGGAAGAGAUGGUAAGGACUAUUGCCAGAUGAAUGACACUGUACCUUUGGAUUCUGUGAAAAAGAAAAUCGCUGACAAUGCCAGAAUGAGAGCCAAAUGGUUCUGUGAUGGUCAACCGUCUCAUUCCACAGAUUUAACUGGAGAUAUCAAGAACAGGAAUACAACCCACAGCCAAAAUACCAUGGAUAUCGGACAACACUCUGCUUUCUCCGUAAUUGCAAAACAGGAGCGAAUUAAGACUCUUCAGGAUGUACAAUCAAAAUCUGUCUCUCUUCCAAAGCAUGCCACUUCACUGCAGAAUAAAUGCAGCAGGAGAUCAGUGAAUCUAAGUGACUCAGAAGAGGGAAGUUCUGCACCUUUGAUCACCAACCAUGGCUUUAAAAAAGAACUGAAUUUCUACAGCAUCUGCUUGAUUGAUUUAGAAGAUCUUGGAAGUGAGUGUGGCUACCAGUCCAUGACAGAAGCUGAUGCAGCCAGGUACGCAAGUGCACCAGCUGUCUCUGAAAAGGCUUUGUUUGGAAAUGCAUCACUCCCACAAGACCACACAAUAUCAGGUUCAAGCCCUUCCCUUAAAAAAACAUCAGCACAACAAACAGAUAAAUGCCCCUUAGAGGGAACUCUAGGAUGUUCUACUAGUCUUCCUGCAAAUCUAGCACUUCUAAAUGAAGAUCUUAAACCAUUUUCGGUCCAAGAAAACCAAAACCCUUCAUCUGAAAAUGUAUCAACUUGCUGUGCUGAGACAAAAUACACAGGUUUUCCAAAUAUUGCUGUAGAGGACGCCACAGAUCAACCCUCCCCAGACUUGCUGUCACAAUAUGGACAGAUGUCAAGCACAAAUGCUGCAUCGCCACAGGGGGAACCUGCUGACCUACUUAAAAACCCUGAUCUUUAUGAUAGCAAUUGUUACAAAACCACAGAUUUGUCGAGGCCACUUCAGCAAAAUAUAAAUGGUUUGCCGAAUAAAGUGAAAUUGGAAAAUAAACACAAAAUUAGUGAUUUUACAGAACCCAUGGACCUUAUUAAGGACACGAUUGUAUCAGAUGAAGAUGAUUACUCUGUUUCUUGUCUUGGCAACACAACAGAUGAACUUCAAGUUCCUAUCAUGACAUCAAAUCAAUAUGUGUCUAAGAAAACUCAUACUGAAAAAGUUCAUAAGGAAACAUCCCAAGUUCUCUCAGCUGUCGGCACAUCUGCAUCAGGAAUGCAGGUCGAGACAGAUAUCCAAGAAGGGUUAUCUUAUGAAAACUCUUCUGAAGAGAUUGAAAAUGUAAAAUUUAGCUCUGAAACCCAAGUGGCUUUUGUUAAAAAAGAAAACCUACCCAAAUCACCUUCCUGUCAAAAAGUUGAAGUUGAACCAAGACAAAUAGGAAUGCAGGAAGAGGUCAUUCUCCGUCCUUGUCGGUUCAGCGUGUUGCAGUGUGAAGGGCAGACAAAUGAAUCUGACAUGUUCAAGGUUACUGGUGUGCCUCACGGUUUGAACUGUCCAUCUCAUGCACAAAGUAUGACUUGUAGUGCUAAAGAGAACAAGAUGGACAUGUCUUUGACCCCACAUGUCUACACUUGUAGUGUUUUUCCCACUGACCAGACAAAGAUUGUGUCAGAAUCUUGUGACAUUCCAAACAGGCAACAGAAUGUAGAACUAAAGGCAGAUUUUACAAAUGCUGAAUCAUGUGACAUGAAUCCAUCUCCACUUCCCACGAAUGAAACUGUAAACUUUGAACAGUUGAUGGAUGUUACUCAUAAAUGUGAAGUAGAUUACGACAAUGUAAGUUUUUCUGGUUCUUCUGAUGCUGAAGUUCAUACAAACAUACAAACUGUACCUGAUUCUGAUUGUUCUGUUGAUGAAGAUCUUUCUAAUAGCAUAGUCUUCUUGGCUUCAGAUACAUCAUGCAAAGACAUCUGUAACAAAGGACAGGCAGAAAACGGUGCAGUAAGUUAUUUAAUACAGGUGGAAUUGGGAAGCGAAUUGCCUGGAUUCGUAGAACAGUCAAUGGACAAUGAAAUUGGAGAGACUCGUUUACAGCAUAAUGAGAAGACGCAUACUACCUGUGAAUGCUUUUGUGAGGAUGAACCUAAGGUACUGGGUGAGGUUUGUUUGUGUACAGAUGAUGGCAAAACUGAAAUGUUAGAACGUGGGCCGCAGGGACUCACACCAACAUUAGAAAUUCUUAAUUGCCUAAAUGAUGCAAAUAACAACAAUGACCGUUUGGAAUAUGGUUGUUCUUCUAAUCGUGGUGCAAGUACACCGUUUGAGGCACCAUGCCCAUUUGAAGUAUCAGAGUUUACCAGUUGCCCUUCAGGGUCAAUAAACUGCAUGAGGGAAAGUGCUUUCCGGUACAUGGAAUCAUCUUCUGAACCACUAGCCAGUGACGCUCAAGGAUCUUCAGUGACAUCCAUUCAGGAGCAUGGAGAAUUUCAAGACAUGAGAGAAAUGACAAGAGGUGGUGUUGACAUCAGCAUUCCUCUCGUGAGUAUUGCAAGACUGCCACUUGAAACUGGAGAGGUGCAGUUGUGCACCAUACAUGGCCACAGUUGCAACGAUGUGAGUGUUGAGAUCUCUACAACUACCGUGGGAUGUGUUUCCCAACCUGCAACAAGGAUUGGAGAUCUUGAUUUUAAUCAGUCUGAUUCGAAAGUCAUUGAUGAUGACAUAAGUGAUGACACUUAUGUAAAUGAAGCAAUUCCAUUACCGGUAGAACCUGACCAGGUUGACAUUUAUGCCACCACCCCAUCUUAUGAGAUUUAUUUUCUCAAUAAUGCUCAAUUAACAGUUCCUGUGCUGGUGGAAAACCCUCAGGGCUCGGAUGAAAUUGAUGGAGAGCAAGGCAUGCUGAAUAUGGUUUCAGACCUUCUUGGGAAAUCAGAGUUGAGCGACGAGGUGGAUACUAGUCACUGCCUUCCAGCAUGGACUAAGGAACCACAUGUGCUAUUUCCUGAUAACCAAAUGGAGCCAUGUGGAUUGGUGUCAGCAUGGGACCAUGCUCUAUCUGAAGCAAGCCUUACAAUGCAAAAUGUAGAACAAGAUACUGAAUCUGACCCCAAUGUUGGCGUUCAGGAUUUUCAGACCUCAAUGAGUUUCAUUGCGCCCUAUCCUUAUAACCUGUUAGCGACUGAGGGAUCUUGUGUAUGGGACUGGCAGAAUGCUUAUAUUGGACUUGAAUCUUCCAAGAUCUCAGACCUCAAUCCCAAUGCGAAGGCAUGGGCCAAUUACGUGCCUAAACCGGAGGCUUCUGCUCCAAUCUGCCCCGACUCUCAGCAGUCAUGGGUAGAAGCGGCCGAUGACCCAUCCAACUGCAUCUCAGAAGGAUAUAACAACAGUGAAGACAAAGGGAACUGGAAUGAGGAACAGCAGGUGUCUACCUCUGUAGAAUUGCCCUUUGCAGCACAGCCAGAAUCAGUGUACUUGGGAAGCUCAGUCAUUGAGAAGGGCAUUGUGUCAAACCAGAACACCAGUAUGAAAGGGGUGGAUGAUUCAGACUCCUCCAGACAGCUUGAAGACCUUCGGGAGCAGUUGAAGGCAACACUGGAGUUCUGCCUCUCUAGGGAGAAUCUCGCUAAUGACAUGUACCUCAUCUCGCAAAUGGACAGUGACCAGUAUGUGCCAAUAGUGACUUUGGCAAACCUUGAUCAAAUCAAAAAACUCACCACCGAUGUGGAUCUCAUUUCAGAUAUCUUAAAAACGCUGCCUCUUGUCCAAGUGGACAAAUGUGGAGAGAAAGUGCGGCCCAAUCAGAACCGCUGCAUCGUAAUUCUCAGAGAGAUUCCCGAGGCCACUCCUCUGGAGGAAGUGGAAGCGCUCUUCAAGAGUGAUAACUUGCCCAAAUUCAUCAAUUGUGAGUUUGCCUACAACGACAACUGGUUCAUCACCUUUGAAUCUGAGGCAGAUGCUCAGCUGGCAUAUCAAUAUCUCAGAGAAGAGGUGAAAACUUUUCAAGGGAAGCCAAUAAAGGCUAGAAUAAAGGCCAAGGCCAUUGCCGUCAAUACCUUUGUGCCAAAGAAUGGAUAUCGGCCAGUGGAUGUGUCCUCAAAUGUCCAACAGCGCUACACACCUUACUACAUCCCACCUGUGUAUGGAGCACAGCAACAGUUUCCUCUUUACAGACUGGUGACGCCUCAGGGCUGGUCAGCUACUCAGAGCUACCUGGACCCAACUCUGGUUUCUCCAUUUCCCAGCCCUGCAUUCAUUAAUGGCUUCGCUGGUUCUCCGACAUUUAAAUCUGCAACAUCUCCACUAACUGUCAGACAUUAUACACAUACACCUCGAAACAGGAACCACAACAAAACUCACAUUCGACUUCCAACAGACCGUGGAACCACUUUACUGGAAAACCCUGCUGCUUUCUCUACUUUCCCUACGGAGAGAGUUCCCAAUGGGACGCGUCCUCCACAGACUCAUCACUUGGGUAGCAGACCUCGACUACCGACUGGUCUGGCAUAUCCACGCCGGGACCAGGUAGGAAGUGGACGGAUGGAAGUAAAUGGGGCCGAUUACUCUCUAAACGCGGGUCGUGGAAGAAGGGGCGGCUAUGGAUACCGGAAACGGAGAGAUGACAACAAAUUUCCAAGAUCAGGAACACAGUCGCCCCCUCCUGUUCAGGAGCGCACUCCUUCCCCCAGUUUUGAACUGGGCUUGUCAAGCUUCCCUCCUCUGCCUGGAGCCGCAGGAAAUCUGAAGCCGGAAGUAAAACCUGAAAACAGCCUUGACAACCGGCUGUCUGACAUUGUUAUCGGAGCAGUAAAAGACAAGCCUCUAAAUAAGGAUGUGGUCACCAGCCGUGUGAUCUCAGGGACCCCCAAAGAAUCUGUUCAGGCUGUUUCGGCUCCUGCUGCUCAAACCCUAGUGGACCACCAACACUCUCCCUCUCCCGCCCAAACAAACCCGACAGCUGUAGAAAAACCUAAAGAGACACAGACACCUGCAGAAAAAUGCUCAGAGACACAUGCUGCUAAAACCACAUCACUGAGCAAUCCAGUGACGGUGAGUCUCCAGCAGGAGCCCCGGAAGCCAAGCUACGCAGAGAUCUGUCAGAGGAUAAGAGAAGCACCAACACAGCAGCCGUCAGCGGAUCCUCGAGCUCCCAGCUCCACCGCCGAAGACGUCAAAACUCCUGACUCGGCAGAACGCAGAUGCAAAGAAUCAGCGUCCGCACCUGCCAAAUCCACAGCCACGGCGUGUCCCAGAGAGACAGUGAAAUCUCAGCAGAGUCUCGGAGAACGAGCGACAGCCGGCACCACAGCUUCCUUCCACCAAUCCUGAGAGCCUCGGCUUUGCUUCCAGGACCGAGCGGGAAUGAAAACUCUUGUCAGGGCUGCUCCCCCCCCAAAAAAAGAAGAAGAAGAAGAAGAAAAGUCCCUCUUAUCUCACGUCUCUGUGAGUGCACACACAGACAGCUUGUCACUGGAAUCAGGGCCUACAGACAAAAGCACUUGUGCAUAAAGGGUUCUCUGAAUAUUUUUGUUGUCCUUUAUGUCGUUUUGUUUGGAAAUUUAAAAGAUCUUUCAUUGUUUUCUAAGGAAAAUGGGAUUAAUGAACCAGCACCGGUUGGAGAUUAACUAUUUAAAACAUUUCGUCAGAGCUCAUCUUUAUUUUGGGGUUAAAAAAAGCAGUGCUGUUGGGAGAAAAUACUGAUUUCUGUUCUUUUUGUGGAUAGUGCUGAUCCUGAAACACUUUAAUUUAGGUUUUCCUUUCAUUUUUUUAAAACUGAGAUGUAUAUAAUUUUGCUAACCUUGAGUGUCUUGGUACUGACGCGAUUCGAUAUGAAUUCUGACAGUUCCGGUCAUUACAAACUGCAUGAGUGAGACUUUGUGUAAAUUGUUUUGCGUUCGGUUUUUACGUUCGGAUGUUCCAGCACUGGAGUGACAUUUUCUUUCUUUUUUUUCUUAUUCGUUGAGCUCUGAAUUAUUUUUUUACAUGCUAAUCCUCUAUCAAAUGUACUAAUGUGAUAUUGUAGCAGGUGUAUGUAUACCUGUUCUUGUGUGCAUGCUUUCUUUUACGUUUUUUUUGGGUUGUUUUUCCUCUCUUCUUUUUCUUUUUAAGCUUUUAAUGGCACACGUUGAUUUGCUGUAUGAUUUCUGUUUCUCGCUGAUUGUUUGGGAAGAAUCUGAUGCCUUUUCAUUGGAUUCUGGAAGAUCUUCACACUGCAAAAGUGCUCAGGUUGCGAGGGUGAAGCGUUCAUGUGCCUAGUCUGCUGUGAUCUAAAUGAUAGAUGGCUUUAUUUGAGUUUCUUUUUGGCUUCGUUUGUUAUCCUGGUGUGGUGCUAUGGUUUGUCACAUGGUUACUUUGGUGCUUUUAUCUAUGUAGAUGGAGGGAAAAACACCAACACGCACCAAUGUCUAUUGUAUGCCCUUUAACCAUUCGCUUUCAUAUCACCACAGUUAUACGCGUGGGAUUGUGUACAUUUCUAUAGUGACGUAUACAUCAAGAGCAAAAAAAGAUCUGAGCCUCCAGCACACAUGGACCAGCGCUGUUUUGUGGACUUUCUCCUGUACGUUUCCGUGUCACUCUCGUUUCUACUAAUCAUUCGUUCAGUUCGUUGGUUCUCACCCGUGUUUGGGUCGAGCGAGACAGACCAUGUUUUUGUUUUGAUGUCUUCCUGCAGUGUGGAGCACGUGCAGAAUGCUUUGAGAUGUUCGUCAUGUUGUUUAUAUUCUCUUUGUAUCUUCCCGGUAUUUUUUGUUUCGUUUUUUUACCCCUCGGUUUAUCAAUUUGUUGAUUUUUCUGACUCUGAAUGCAACUGAUUAUUUUUCCAUCAACAAAUGAAGCAUACUCUGAAAGUUUCAUUACAUAAACCUUUAAGGUGUUAAAAAAGGAAACAGACAUCACAUAUAAAUUAACAGUGUUUGAAAACUUGAAUUUUAUUUAAACUUGAAAAAAAAAAAGUCUCUGCCUUAACUUUUUAGAUGACAGUUUGGAGGUUUUUUGUUUGUUUUUUUUCUUUCAAUUCCCGAAGUGUAGGAAAAAGGAUGAUGUGGUUGAGGCGUCACAAAGCCUUCGUCACUACAUUUUGUGUAGCACAAUACUUUUGGGAUUGAGAUGGGAUUUCUGUUUUGUUUCGUUUCUCCUCUGUAAAAAUGCUUGUAGUCUAAACUGUAGUACAUGUAUACACUCGUAUGUGUGUGCUUUCUCUGUACAGAUGUAAAUAAUUGGAAAAAUGUUAAAAAGGUACCCUAAAAUUGGUUAUGAGAAAAUGUAUGGGAAAAAAAAUAAUAAAUAAAUGUUAAUGACAAAUUGGA